AUGCAAUAUCGAAGAGCUGAUGCAUCUUCGAACGCUAGAAGCCAGCUUCCACCUCUAGCACCUCGAGACCAGCAGCCCGUUCCUGCUACUUCUGCUAAUACAGAAAUCGAAUCUGCUGGCGGUAAAUGCGACUGGGAGUUCCGCUGGAAGUUCGACGAUGUCACCCAGAACACUCAAAACAAGUACUCCAACGUGUCAACAGCAGGCAAUGCUGUCUGGGAUCCGCCUCGUACGGCUUUGGACAACAGAAGAUCACAAUCACCUGCUUAUGAUGCUCUCCCAUCCUUUGCUGACCUCACGAAUGACGAGGAUCGUGAGAAAAAAGCCGAGGGGCAAGUGCCGGGUACUUUCAACGUCGUCGUCAACCCUGAGAGUUUCGCUGGCCUCCCGGAGUAUGGCCCUAUCCCUGGACCACGGACACGGAGAUCUAGUCUACAGUCUGGCCGUAACAGCUGGGACAGCCAGAUGUCGACAGAAGUACCACGGGUCAGGCCAAGGAGGAAUCCUGCUAGUGGUGACCCAAACAUCGUAGUGCUAGCCAAGUUCGAGGACGCUCCAUUGUCUCUGCCGAGUCUGGCCAGCUUCCCUGUUGGUAGGAGAACCAGUCUACCAGACAACCUACAGUCACUAAACAUAUCUGGAGGAUCGAGAGGGUCCAGCCUGCCAUCCGGACGGCGCAACGACUCAGUCACUCAAGGGCUUCGAGACGAGAGGCUCAUGGUCCAUUAUCGAGGCUUCAUCUCGAAGCGCAUCUUUCCCAUUGGCAAGAGUUUGCUCGUCGACAGACCGAUGCAGGAGGACCCCAUUGUUGCUGAAGCUAGAGACUUUCCUCCUGGUCAGCAACAACUCUUGACAGAAGCUUUCCAGCACUACCACCAAGCUAUUUCCUCCAGUUUGUCUUCACCAUCCGACCUACACUCCGACCGACUUCUAUAUCUCCACUUCCUAUUACUGGUCUACGACAUCAGCUACGCAACACAAGGCUCAAGUAACACGCAAGAAGUUUUCAACAUGAACAUGUGGGAACACCACAUCCAGCACCUAAUCCGGAUAGCUCAACAUCGCAAAGGACAAUCGAACGGAGUCCUGCAAGCAUAUCUCUUAUGGUAUGUUCUUUACUUCGACAAACAAGCUUGCCUGUCAGGAAAUGGCAACGGGCACUUCGUUCGCGCCUUCCUAAUGAACAAAUUGACAAUGCCCAACUGGAACCGAAUCUUCUCAGGCUACGACAUCGUACAACCAGCCGGAGGCGACCAGGGCGAAGACACGAGUGCUCAUACCGACGUCUUUACGUUCGCACAUCAAGUAUGCAUACAAGGUGCCAAGCUGUGCCAGCUGCAACUCAAACUGCGCGCCGAGGCUACGACACAAAGCCUGCGUGGUCCGCAAGGUAGCCAGGUACUAGCCGCAUGCACACAGAUGGUCGCUCAAUUGCAAAGCGAGCUGUACGCAUCAUGGCACCGUUACUGCCCGUCCUACCUCUUUCAGCCAAACUCCGAUUACGCGACAGGUCAACUUCCCGUCAUCGCCCGCAUAUUCCUAGAUUUUGCACAACUACAAUUCAGCACCUGGAUCGUCUACUCAAACAGCUCGCUCUACCCUACCCAACCCUUCCACAUGAACCCCAACCAACGCUCCGAAACCCGUCUCCACAGCUUGAAGAUCCUCUCCAUCGCCGACGCCGCCGUCGCACUUCAGAACUACGAUCAACAUCAACUCGUAUUUCCAGUAUUCGUCGCAGGCUUCGCGAGCCUGGACAUGGAGACUCAAUCGCGAGCCCUCGCGCUGCUGAGGGGAGACACUGUGCUCCUCAAGAUACGCAACAGAGACAACGCAAACGGGAGGUUUUACGACUAUGGACAUUUUGGACUGUAUGGAGAGCUUGCAUGA